AACCAUCGGCGGGAGGAACUGAUUCAAGCUUCUUUCAUUACCGUUAUUUUAUCGUUAUUUUGGACUAAUUUUAAUUACAAAUAUUAAUUUUAUAUUGCCAAUUAUAUCUAAUCGACCAGAAUGUCAUAAGAAAAGUAUGUGAGCGUUCUUUUACCACCAUUCCUGCUUUGUUUCGAUUUGGGCUUUUCUUCAGCUCCAUCCAGCUGCUUCUGUCACAAACACUGUUUCAUCAGAAUGCAGUCCUCUAAAUUUGUGGUUAAGUGUGGGAAUUUCGCAGUGCUAGUGGAUCUUCACAUACUGCCCUUAGGCAAAGAAGACAAUACCAGCUGGUUCUCUGCAGAGCACAGGAAGGAAGUCGGCUCUCUGAUAAGAGAUGCAUUGGAGCCAAGGGUGAGGCAGUUUCAAGAGGCAAGAUACCAGAAGAUCCAGCCCAAACAGAGGAAAGAUUUCACCCUGACUGCUCCACUCUGUCUUGAAGGUGGGAAUGUUCGUCUGGCGGUGCACUUCAUGAAACGACAUGUCAACUUGAGAUGCAUUGUCAGGCAGCACUACAGAGAGUUGCGUGUGUUUCCUGAGCGUGUUGUAGUGUGUGCCAGUCCUCCAGAGAAUUCUGCACUUCCCAGUGGAAAUCUGAACCUGGAUGUGAGUGAACAAAGCCGAUCGAAGUAUUUUUCUAGCUCUGGCGACACCAUAGAUCCAUUACCCAACUCCACCGCAACAAAAAGAGCUGUCCUUCAGAAGAUUGCCAGGCAGGCUAACGUCCAACCCCGACAACGCCAAGAUAACCAAGAGUCCAGAUCAGACCAAUUGCAAGUGGAUGAAGCACAAAAGGGUUCUUCCGAAACGUGUCAUCCUGUCCUGGUAUUGUUCACUGAUGAGUCAUUGGAGGAAGGGAAAGUUGUGUUGUCGUCUAAAUUAAGUAACGAUAAAGAGGCAACUGAACCGCAUCUUGAUGCUACCGGUCCGAAGAGACGACCACGAACCCCAAGCGGCUCAGGAGAGGAUGUUGACCGCCAAAAGCCAAAAAGAUUGCGUCUUGGAGACCCUGCAGCAUUGAGCGAUUCCAACAAGCUCUCUCGAGACGUUUGCAGUCCCCAGCCUGAGAUUUCACAGACUAACCAAAGCGGGCUGGCCACAAGUCUGAGAGGCCUAUCCGUCAAGCCCGUAUCCUCUGGCUCUUCUAUUAGUUCCAGAUUGGCCGCCAGAGAGGGAAGGAAGGGGGGCGAGCCCAGAACAUCCCGAUUACGCCGGCUCAAGAAGUCCUGAGGGGCGCAGCGGCAUAGAACGAGAGAGGAUAUCUGACGCCACCACGAUGGAUGUUACAGUACACACUUCUACCGUAAUGCUGUCUGUCAGCGGCGGUUGCACAAGAGUUCACCACACACAGUCUUUACAGUAUUUCCCUUUUGCCUUCAAAGUAAAAAAACUCAAUAGCUUAUAUUAGAUUACCAGGAACCUCUCAAAUAUUUGGCUUCAUUAGUAACAGCUUAAAAGCGACUCAUGCAAACAAUAACUUUGCUUUUGGUUACGCGUUGUAGUUUGCGUUUUCUGCGUAAGAUUUGUAUUUCAGACUAACGGGAGCCUCCGAGCACACUGUGGCUUCAAGCCCAAAUCUCUGGCUCCAUCCGUCUGAAAUCUCCACUCUUCCAGCUUCAGCUGAGCACAUGAUUGAUUUCGCUGUGUUUUCACAUACACCACGCUCCUUAAGCGAUCAGGGGUUUUCACCGUUGGAGCCGACUGCCGUCUCCCUGCGGUUAUUAUUUGUAAAUGUGUUAUUGCUUUUCAUAACAGCUAAAAGUCUGCUGUGGGAUGACUGACAACGUUAUGGAACGCUGUAGUGCAGCUCGUGGCCGAAAUUUGGCUAAUCGGGGGUGCAGUCGACAUUGAUGUAGUGCGUGAUGGCAGGAUAAAUAUAUGUAUGGACAUAAAUUCGAGUCGCAUUCUCAUGCUUACAAAUCACUUGAUGUUUAUGCCUUUAGUAUAAUAGAUUUGUGUCAUACAAAUUGUAUCAGAAUAUACAAACAUUGUGCUGUUAUAAUGCCAUAACAUUACAGUCAAAAUGCUUCUGGUUUAGAGUUAGAACACAUUUUAAAGUCAUUUUACUGUAUAUUUUGAUUUCUGUGAUGCUAUUCGAAUCAUUAAAUUCUUAAUCAA